AUGUCUCUUCCCGUUGUGCUGGCUAAUACCACCCAUUUACCUCCAGAACAGAUGUUUUCACUACAAGUGGGUACCAAACUGUUUCAAGUGUCAGGAUACUCGCUCAACUCAGACUCACCCAGUCUAUUCACGGAGUUUUUCGUUGAAAACAAAAAUGCCACGCUUUUCAUCGAUCGAUCGCCUCAAGUAUUUAAGCUCAUCAUGGAUCAUCUUCAGGGUUACAGCGUUAAUAUCAAAGAUGAAAGUCAAUUCACGUUUUGUUUCUUAGACGCCGUAUAUUUCAAACUUCCACGACUCCAGGAUUUGCUAAAAAAUUGUGAAUACUACUACAUAUGUGUGGGCGGACAACACUUCAAAUUGGCCAAAGCGUUAUUGUCACAGCCCGGAAACUCGCUCAACUAUUUCGGUCUUACGUGCAGGUCACUGUUUGACGAUGUUCAGGCAGUAUAUCUCACCAUGAACUUAGCACGACCCCCACCACAGUCUCCGCCGUAUGUGAAUCGGUCUCCAGCUUUUCUCGCGGAUCUAAUCACGCUUCUACAAGGCGGCAUGCUGGAUCUGACGCCGGAACGACGUCAAUCGCUCAUGCAAGAGUGUCGUUACUACCGUUUUCUACGACUCGAGCAACAACUGGUUCCUGCACAAAUAUCCUGGAAUCCGUUGUUACAGACUGAAGAAAUUAUCAUUAAUCUCAAAGACGUUCGUUGUAAGUUUGUGUCGGUUCCCAAAUCUGACCAAUCUCCAUCUCAAGAGCCGGCAGCUAAAAGGCGUCGUUUGUUACCCGAUUGUCAUUGGUAUGCCGUACAAUACAAACGGCCGUACUUGGACUCGGAUCUUCCCCAAGCCCGCGAACUGAUUUUCCAGAUUUCCGCUUGCGAAGUCACUCUGUUUUUCAUCAAAAACGCCAAGACCAUUCACGUAGCCAUUUCGGGCCACACCUUGGUGAGAUUCAGAUCUGUGUUCCAAAAAGUUUUGGCAGAAAAUAACAUAGAUUUGAACGCCUACGAGCGACAAAACUCGCUUCUGGUUCUCCCCGCGUGUGUGUCCUUGAGCUCCAUGCAUGUGAACGGCAUGCCAUGCAGAAACAUCUCCUCUGUGGUUGACGAGAUGCAGUUCAAGGAACAAGUGAUCGAUUUCAAUAAUCCGAAUCACAUCAACCAGUUAGUACCGGGGCUCAAGCUAGACUUGACCAAAUCGCUUUGGAAGCUUGGUGUACAAGACAACAAGCUACUCAUGAUUGCUGUCAAAGCCGAAGCGGUAUCUGGUCUUAAAGAAUACUAUAGGGCUCUUGAUUAUAUAUAA